UUAGACUGGGAUAGGUUCAACUCUCUUAGAAAGCCAGAACUUAUUGUACUGGCUCGAUAUUCCGAUUUAAGCGUAAAAUAUGCAAUGAGAAAACAGGUAAUUAAGAACUUACUGAUAGAUUACUUGGUGCAGGAGGAGAUGUUUGAUGAGAGUGUCUUGUUAAAUAGAGUGGAGAUUGCUGAUACGCAGCAUACAGAACAAGAGGGAGAUAUGCAGUUGAAGGUUAGGGAAAUGGAAGUGAAGUUGGAGUAUGAGAUGAAAGAAAUGGAUAUAAAGUUGGAGUAUGAUAGGAUGGAAUUUGAGAAAUGGAGAAUGUCAAAGGAAUCGGAGUUAGAGGAAAAGAAGUUGAAGACAAGUCAAUCGUUAAAUGAAUCAUACAUGGACAUUAGAGGUAAAGCAAAAGUUCCGAAACUACCUGCAUUUUGUGAAAGCAAUGAUGAUAUUGAUUCCUACAUUAAUAGAUUUGAACGCUAUGCGAAAAAUCAAAAGUGGCCAGAAAAUGAAUGGGCUACCAACUUAAGCGCGCUGUUAACGGGUGGUGCAUUGGAAGUUUAUUCUAGACUCCCAAAUACAGACGCUGAGAAUUAUCAAUUGUUAAAGUGCGCAUUACUUAAGCGAUAUGAUUUUACAAUUAAAGGGUUUCGCUCCAAA